AUGACAACAUUAAAAUUUGUACCAUACUCAAGUGCAUUUGAUACAGGAUUUUGGCAUGAGUUAACUCGCCGAAAACUUGAGGUCUAUCGACUUGAUUCAUCGAAUCAAUCGAUUUUUGGCUAUUAUGCUAAUGAUGCAAAUGAUAACAUGCCAGCAUUAUUCAAUGUCGAUCAUCAAUGUUUUGAUGAAAAUAAUAAAAUUUCAAAUCAGCAACAACUCUAUUCUGUAAAUGGUACUUUAAAACUGGUUAAUACAAUUGAAGAAUUUAAAACAUUUGACAUUGAUAGUGCAUUAAAAACUGAAAGUAGCCUUUUGUGGAAUGAUUUUGUACAAGGUGGUACACUUGAAAAUCCGCAAAAGCUCAAUCGAUUUUAUCUAUUAAUUUUUGCGGAUUUAAAAAAAUAUAUUUAUCAUUAUUGGUUUGCAUUUCCGACAUUUCUUGUUCCUACAGCAUUUAACUUAUCGAGUCCUGUAAAACCAAUAGGCGAACAAUUUUCAUCUGAUGAAAUUGGUGCAAUCAGUAAAACUCUAGAAGCUAACAAAUUGCAUGCUUGCUGUCUUCAUCGUGAACAAAAUUCAUCGUUUGCGGUUAUUAAUUUAAAACAAGCUGUUGAAAAUUUGAAUGAAAAACCGCAAUCAGCAUCUGAAUAUAUUUUUAUUGUUAAUGAUCCAAGUACGGAUCCUGUACAUCCAGGAUGGCCUGUAAGAAAUUUACUAACACUACUUUAUUAUCAUUUGCGUGCUGUCGAACAACUGAAUGUUAUUUGUUGGAGAGAAAGAUUUCGCGAUGACCAACAGUACGUUAAUCAUUCUUUAUAUCUUCAAUUAAAACCAGAAUCAAUUAGUAAUAUCGGCGAUGCUGUUCCGCCAUCAGCUGGUUGGGAAAAAAAUGAACGACAACGUCUUGGUUCUCGCCAAGUUAAUUUAAGUACAUCAAUGAAUCCAAUACAUUUAGCUGAAACAGCUGUUGGCCUGAAUCUCAAAUUGAUGAAAUGGCGUUUAGCGCCUGAAAUUGAUUUGGAAUCAUUAGAAAAAAUGCAUUGCCUUCUAUUAGGUGCUGGCACCCUGGGUUGUAAUGUUGCCCGAUGUCUAAUGGCUUGGGGUGUUAAACAUGUAACAUUUGUCGAUAAUAGUCGCAUAUCGUAUUCAAAUCCUGUUCGACAAACAUUAUUUACAUUUCAAGAUUCAUGUGAAAAUAGGCCUAAAGCACAGGCAGCAGCUGACGCUUUAAAAGCAAUUUAUCCAGGCAUCAAAUCAAUCGGAUAUGAUUUAACAAUUCCAAUGCCUGGACAUGCUGUUGGCGAAUCAACAAUUGAAAAAGUCAAAGAAGAUGUCAAUUUAUUGCAUGACUUAAUCCGUCAACAUGAUGUUCUUUUUCUACUAACGGAUUCAAGAGAAUCACGUUGGCUACCAACUGUCAUUGGUGCUGUUGAACAAAAACUUGUUCUAUGCUGUGCAGUUGGUUUUGAUUCGUAUGUUAUUAUUCGUCAUGGCGUUCCAGCAAAAGAAUCAGAUACACCACCGACAAGAUAUAAAAAUUUCUUACGUGGUGAUAAACUAGGUUGCUAUUUUUGUAACGAUAUUGUUGCACCUGGAGAUAGUUCUAUUGAUCGUACACUUGAUCAGCAAUGUACUGUAACUAGACCAGGUAUUUCAAUGAUGGCUAGUGCAUUAUCUGUAGAAUUACUUGUAUCGAUAAUGCAACAUCCUCUUCGUGGCCAAUGUCCCGCAUCAAUUCAUUCUGAUGUUGACGAAUCCGUGCCAGAUGCAGUGUCAUGUCUUGGUAUUGUUCCACACACGAUACGUGGCUUUCUCAGUCGAUAUUCUACUGUAUUACCAACUGGUGAAGCAUUUUCACAAUGUGUUGCUUGUUCGCCUACCGUACGUAAAGCUUUUACAGACGAAGGUUUUACAUUUCUAUUGAAAGUGUUUAAUGAUUUGGAUUAUUUGGAAAAUCUAACUGGUCUACGUGCAAUGCAAUUAGCAACUGAUCUUAGUGAGAUAAUCGAGCUGAGUGACGAUGAAGAAAUUUAA